GUCCAGUCCACUCGAAAGUCUCCUCAAAUUUUUGAAAUUUGUUUGUAGCCCCCUCUCAAAAAAACUCAUACUGAACACUUAUAACGCAGAGUUGCUCGUAUUUCGAUUACGCGCGCAUAUUAGUCGAAAAAAGUAAAAAGUAAAAGAUUAAGUGACAGAACUUUCAACUGCAACUGAGCACGGCCAUUCUAAACGCCCACACGCCCACGCCCACCCAUUAGAAACUGACGCCCGCCCACUUGACAUGCCGAAGUCACAAGUGUCGUCGUCGUCGUUGUCGUUGUCGUCGUGGUCGUCAUCGUCAACAUCGUCGCUAUCGUCUCUGCUCUCGGUUGUUAGUUGUGCUAACUGUACCUGUUGAUUUACCCUUUUUGUUGUUGUUGUUAUUGUUGUUACUCGUGUUGUUGCCCCAAAACGCUGUCAACGCCUAUAUAAACAAAUGCUCACAACGGAUUUGCGUUUAUUCUGCAGUGUCACACCUAACGGUUAAGAAUUAGUCAAGCGAAUACCUCAUAGACCCAAUUAAUGAACAUUACUUUGUGAAAAUUCUGAAAACAAUUCAAAUUAUUGUGCGUGAAUAAAGACAAGUCAAUUGCAUAGUUUCAAAAUUGCAAAUAAAUAACACUAAAUUCGUGUUUUGUGUCACCUAAAUAAUCUUUCUGAAAGUUGGCAACUUGAUGUUGAUGAUGAUGAAGAAUUUGGCGUCACGUUCAACAACAUGUGGAGGCAGCUCUAUCGGCCAUCAGCUGACCAUUUCCAUUGUGCUGCUGUCAAUUGCGCUUUUGUCGCCCGGACAUGCACUGCCACGCCCCACAGUGGGCGCAGUGCCAACGCAGUUGUUCUACAACGAGCUGCUCAACUCUGGGCCAGCUAACGAGGACAACUUGUUCUAUGGCGAGCAAUUGCAGCAACAGCAGCAACAACAGCAGCGACAACAGCACAAACAAUUGCCGUCGUUCAAUAGUUUUGUCAACAAGUGGCCAUCGUUGCGCGAUUUGCUGCUAACUGCAGACUAUGAGGAUGACGUUCUUCUGCCCACCAAUAACAACAACAACAAUCUGGAGGAGAGCAAUGAACGUGCUCAGCUGGGUUCGAGGCUGGUGGCACGUCUGCACAGAUUGAGCGAAUCGGGCGAUGGCGAUGAUCAGUUGCGUUACAAUGUGAUCGAUGACAUGGCUGCCAUGCCCGCCAAGAAGCAGAGCGAGAAUGUCAAGCUGGGCAUUCAAGCCAAGCAGCACAACAUCAAGAAGAAUGUGCAAUUUCGUAGACAAUAUAUGUCGCCGUGCCACUUUAAGAUCUGCAACAUGGGACGCAAACGCAAUGCCGGCUCCUUUGUGCCCUACUAAAAACAUAACUGAAAAUAUAUAGCCAAAAAAAAAAGAAGAAGAAAACACACACAAAAAAAUAAGAGAAAAAACAAAGGCCAAAAGUAAAAUAAAUGCAUAAAUAUUUACAAGGAACAGAAAUGCUGAAAUUCCAGAAUUGUUAAUUAUACGCAAGCCAAGUAUUGUUUAUUGUUUAGAAAGAUACC